UCUUCUUUUUCGGUCAUGAGUGAGGUGGUCAAAAUUCUCACCCUCUCCUCCUUUCAAUCCGCAUUUCAGUGGUAACCGUGGAAUACAAAACAAAAAAUUAAGAUCUGCACUGCUAAAUUUUCUCAUAGUGAAUCAUUUGAUACAAUCACAGCAUAAAAGAUCAAACUUUAGGGCAAAAGAAGAAUGGUAAUGAAGAAGAACCAAAUUUGGGAGCAAAAUCAAAGUGAUGGUGCUCUCCGAGGAAGAAAUUUCGAGGCUGUUCCGAAUCAGGAAGACGGUGAUGCAGAUGCUGAGGGACAGAGGGUACCUUGUGGGAGACUUCGAGAUCAACAUGUCCAAACACCAGUUCAAAUCCAAGUACGGCGAACACAUGAAGCGUGAGGACCUUGUCAUCAACAAGUCCAAGAAGGACAACUCCGGCGACCAGAUCUACAUUUUCUUCCCGGAGGAGGCCAAGGUCGGCGUCAAAACCAUGAAGACUUACACUAACCGCAUGAACUCCGAAAACGUCUACAGAGCCAUUCUCGUUACUCAGACCAGCCUCACCCCGUUCGCCCGAACCUGCAUCAGCGAAAUCUCAUCCAAAUUUCACUUGGAGGUUUUUCAGGAGGCAGAGCUGCUGGUGAACGUUAAAGAGCAUGAGCUUGUUCCUGAACAUCAGGUUCUCACUGACUCGGAGAAGAAAACUUUGGUUGAGAGAUACACUGUGAAAGAAACCCAGCUACCUAGGGUUCAGGUGACUGAUCCUGUUGCAAGAUACUAUGGACUGAAGCGAGGUCAAGUUGUGAAGAUUAUACGGCCAAGUGAAACAGCUGGCAGAUAUGUUACUUACAGAUUUGUUGUAUAGAACUUCAAUUUUUUUAUGAUAUGUAAUAUGUUUCAUAACAAUGGUAGAUCUGGUUGAUUUUUGGAAUAAAAAUUACUUAUUUAUGUAAA